GCACAACCAUUCAGAAAAAGGAAAAAUAAAAGCAACGCACGAGCCCUCCGGCCGGGCACCGUGGGGCUGGGCAGGAGCUGAGGUAGCCACGGGGUAGUUUCUCUUUCUCUCUUACCUAUCUAAUGUCCGUGCUGGAAGGCGACGGUUCCGAGCUGUAGUCCUCAUGCUGGGAUGGCAGAAGAUAAACCUGAUGCUAAGAACCCCAAGACUGGGGCAAGGCCCCAAGGUGCUGCUGAGGCUGGGGAGCCUACCACCCUUCUCCAAAGGCUCCGAGGUACCAUUUCCAAGGCCGUGCAGAACAAAGUAGAGGGGAUUCUGCAAGAAGUACAGAAAUUCUCCGACAAUGACAAGCUGUACCUGUACCUUCAGCUCCCGGCAGGGCCCAGCGUCGGCGAUAAGAGCUCAGAGCCAAGCAUACUCAGCAACGAAGAGUACAUGCAUGCCUAUAGGUGGAUACGUAACCACCUGGAGGAGCACAUGGACACCUGUCUGCCAAAGCAGAGCGUCUAUGAUGCCUAUCGGAAGUACUGCGAGAGCCUUGCCUGCUGCCGCCCACUCAGCACAGCCAACUUUGGUAAAAUCAUCAGAGAGAUCUUCCCUGACAUCAAGGCCCGAAGACUGGGUGGCCGGGGCCAGUCCAAAUAUUGCUACAGUGGCAUACGAAGGAAGACCUUGGUAUCUAUGCCACCAUUGCCAGGACUUGACUUGAAGGGAUCUGAAAGUCCAGAAAUGGGCCCAGAAGUAAGCCCAGCACCUCGGGAUGAACUGGUAGAAGCAGCCUGCGCCCUGACUUGUGACUGGGCAGAGCGGAUCCUGAAGCGGUCCUUCAGUUCCAUUGUUCAGGUCGCCCGCUACCUCCUGCAGCAACAUCUCAUCUCUGCCCGAUCAGCACAUGCGCAUGUGCUUAAGGCAGGGGGACUUGCUGAAGAGGAUGAGCGAGCCCCUCGAGAACGGGCCUCGUGUAAAUCCAAGAAUGGCAUAGAGAACCUGGAAGGUGGAGGCCCUAAGAGACCAGAGAGACCGGCCCAGCCGCCUAAAGAACUAGAAGCCCGAGCUGGGACUGAUCUUCCAGGGCGUGCAGAACGGAAGAAGAGUGUAAUUGACAGCUCAGUUCCAGCAGCCAGUAAGCCACAAGUUAAUGCCCUUGUGGCCCGACUGCCUGUGCUCCUUCCAAGAGCACCACGCUCACUCAUCACACCCAUUCCAGGCACUCUGAAAGUAGCUACCCUGCCUCUGCCCACUAGGGUUGGAGGACCCCAGACAGCUGUGCCCAUCAUUAACAUGAUCUUACCACCCGUUCCUACUUUGUCAGGUGCUGGGCCUGGGCCCGGCCUUGGGCCUAGGUUUGGGCCAGGGCCUGGGCUUGGGGCUGGGCCUAGGGCUGGGCCUGGACCAGGGCUUGGGACUGGGCCUGUGACUGGGCCUGGACCUGGGCUUGGGGCUGGGGUCGGGCCAGUGCCUGGGCUUGGGGCUGGGCUAGCACUUGGGCCUGGGAGAGUUCCACCUAGAGCAACCAUUCUGCCUCGAGGUGCAGAGAAUAGGGAGGCAGGCGUAAGUGCUGACUCCAGACCUCAUGAUAAGGGUGUCAAAAGGACAGCUGAAGGGCCUCUGAGCGAGGCCAGUGGGCAGGACCCACCGGGUAAAGAGAUGAAGCACGAAGCGGAAGAUACAGGAAGUGAAGCGAAACGGAAGCGGGGACGCCCUCGGAAGAAGCCAUUGGGGAGUGGGGAGAGGAACGCUACUCCCACUCCCAAGUCUGCAGCUGCUGUGAACUCUCCCCGAUCCCCAAGGUCGCUCUGGGAGACAUGGGGCUCAAAAAGAGAAAACAGCUUAGUUGGGAGACCAGAAAGACCAGGGCCAGUAGGUGAACCUGAGCGGGAAACAGUGCUUGUUCAAGGUCAGGAAGUUGCUGCUUCCAAAGGAGAAAGGAGCUUGAGUUCCCAGGGAGCCAAAGAAGCAGAAGAUAAAAUUCCCCCUGUCACCUCAAAAGUGAGUGUUAUUAAGGGCAGAAUUCAAAAGGAGGCUCUUCAGUUGGUAAAGAGGGAGGCCGAUGCUGCAACCCAGGGCAACAAAGGGUUAAAGGGUCGUGUACUUCAAAGUUCCCUAACCCAUGAGCAUAAAGACCCCAAAGCAACACCCCCAUGAUAGACAGGUCUGUGGGGGAGGAGUGGUCCUGUUCCUGUGAGCGCUGCCUGCUUGCCUGGUAGAGGCCCUUCACUGUGCCUGCCCGCCCGCCUCUCAUCCACCUAGUCUUUCCCCCAGGGAACCCAUUGGCCUGGCUUGCAUUAUGCCUCGAGGCUGCUUCAGGCCUUUCUAGCUCAGUACUGUGGCUUUAAUACACACAGUCAAUCUGUAAUGACUUUCCACCUAUAUCCCUGUGCUCUCCUAGGAGAUAGGGUAAGUAUGAAUGUAGGUUAGGGAUAUUCUGGCUUCUAAUCAUAGGGAACUUAAGUCAAAACUCAUUAAAGAUAAAAGCAAUUUAUCAGCUGAUGAAGUUGCAGAAUCAAGAGGCAUUUCUGGUUCCGGGUGAGGCUUGAUUGCACACUGUUUUUCUGCUUCACAUAAUGUAAAAUCAUUCUGAGUUCGAACCACUUCACAGCUGCCAACACUCCCUGCUUCUGUUUGACCAUUAUAUCUAAGCAAAAGAAAGGGUGUCAUUGUGCCAGGAAUCCUAGCAAAAGCCCAAAGAUUCAGCAUGGUUAACCAGCCUAGGUCAGGUCUGCCCUUGGCCAACUAGUGUAGCCAGGAAGGUGUUUAUGCAAAUGUGUCUCUACACAUCGUGGACCACCCUUGGGAAAAGGGUGCAGUCAGCCUUCUCACGAUCCCAGGCUCCCCAGAUGGAGACCUGGUGGAGGAUGGAAGAGCUAACAACUACUUGGUGUGUGUUAGCUUGCUAGGCUGGGGUGAGCUGCCUGUCCCCGAACCCUGCAUCUCCCUCAGUGCAGCUGUAACUUUUAUCUCCUUGUAGUCUGGAAAGAACAGAGAAGGAAGCCAUUCUCUUUAGUCUCUUAAUUCUUACAGGACAGCUUUCCCACCUCUGUCAACCAGAACAAGUUCCUUUUAAGGUCUGAAUCUUAUUUUCUCUGCAGCCCUGUUUCCUACCUCCCAAUCUAGUGCCGCCACCUCAGAGGACAUGAAGACCCGCUCCCCCGCCCCGCCCCCACCCAGGUCAUUUCAUUACAUUCAUUCUGCAUCCACCAGAACUCAUGCUCUUGUUACGCAUGUGUCAGGACCUAGCCAGGACUGUGGGGUUAGGUUGGAUUAACUGAUGCUGCAAGUCAGGGAGCACCAGCAGGAAGGAUGCAGACACUCCAGAUGUAUCCUUGGGAACUGCAGGAAACCAGCCCAUAUUAAUCGAGGACCUAUUCUGUCCUCCCCACAGGAUAGCUUCUUGUCAGGGAAUCUUGGUUUUAUUCCCAAGAAAUAGAUUUUCUUUCAGGGAGAUAUCACCCAUUUGUCCAUUUAUUUCCACGAGAACAGAUUUUUUUUAAAUUAGAAGUAAUAUUUGAUAUCUAUAAAGAAAUAUGUGCUAUAAAUUAUGAAAUGCAAUGAGUACCUAUGACCCAUCAUUCAAUUUAUACGUUAAAAAUAUUAGGUUUUUGCCCCUUAACCUGGCCUCUUCCUAGAGGUAGCCACUGUCUUUAAUUUUAUGCUCAUUAAUCACUUGUUUAUAUAUAUUGGCCAUGUGUAUGUGUACUCUUUAAGAAUAUAUUAUUUUGUAUUGCUUGUAUUUUUAGCUUUACAAAAAUGUUGUACUAUGUUCCUUGAGGUUUGCUGUUUUGCACUUAACCAUUGUUUCUCAGACUCCUCUAUGUUGUGAUUGCUGUGACUUGUUCAUUUUCAUCUGUAUAAUACUCCAUCAAGCAACUUACUCAGCCACCCACCUACUGAAUAACAUUUGGGCUGUUGGCAGGUUUUUGUUAUUAUACACAAUGCUGCUAUGAACAUUCUUGUAUAUGAGUGCCUUUGUUUUUAGUAAGAUUUCUAAAGAGGUUUCUCAGAUGGUCCUGGGUGGUCCUUUUGGUCUGUGUAUCCUCUGAGCUGGGGACUGCUGCCUCUUGUCUUACUUUAUGGAAGAGUUUACAUCAUACAGAAAUGAACUGUUCUUGAAUGUUUGAUAAAAACUCACCUAUAAAGCUGUCUGAGCCUUA